AUGAAAUUAUGUCUUCGUCAAGAUCGUUGGUCAGCUCUUUUUUGUACUCUCCGAGUUGAACAUGCCAGAUUUUUACCAUUUUCUCAUUUAUAUUUUACUAAAGGGGAGGAUAUAGCAACAAUUGAACAUCUUCGAAAUGCAGCAACUAACGACAAUUCAUGGGAGAAAAUAACAUCAGUAAAACAUUUGGUUAAACAAAUGAUAGGUGAUUAUACUCAAUUGAGUGUCGCUUCUCAUACAUUCAAUCCAUCAAACAAUCCAUAUAUAGACUUCGAAGCUACUUUACUCGCUGAUAUACGUCGUGUACGACGCUAUUUUCAUUAUGUUACCAAUACAGUUAAAUUUAUUCCUUAUCUUGAUCGACGUGCUGUUGAAUUAGCUAUUCGUGAAAUAAGGUUAACAUAUGAUGAUGAUGAUGAUAAUGUUCUCAGUAAUAUACAAACAUAUUUGACAACAUUCUGUCUACGAAAUACUCUAGGUGAUGCGAAUGUCCAUAAACAGCAAUGUAUUGAAUGGACUAAAGAACGAGAUCAUUUAUUGCUACUCAACAAGGAACGUCGUACUCAAGUUAAUAAACUUGAAAAAGAAGCUAGAGCAGACAGAGACAAGAUUGAAGCCUUUGAACGUGGUCUACAAAAUACUUUUUCCAAAAAAGAAAGAAAUUGA